UGAGGAGGAGGAGGAGAGAUUGAAAACUGAGGAUGCACGUUGCAUUCCCAGCACACGACCUCCCCACACUGGAAGCACUCGACAGGAGCGCGUCCACCUUGGUUAAACACAACUUCCAGCUGCUCUCAUCACCCGACGGAGAAGAGAUGCAUUGAUCCGACUCCUUUACAUCCUCCUCCUCCUCCUCCUCCUCCUCCUCCCAUCAUCACUAACGAGGAGCAUCCCGAGGAGCACUGAUUUCCCUCGUCCAGCCAGACAGGAGGACUCAUACAAGCCAGACACGAUGCGUGGGUCUCCCCGUCACGGGACGGCUGUGGGAUUUAUCUUUCUGCUGAACGGGCUGCUGGUCGUCACGCAGGCUGCACAAGGAGUCCCGACGGACCAUCUUCUGGUCCAGUUUCACGAGGACGCACAGGAGGAUGAAGCGCACCAACUUGCAGCACAACAUGGGUUCCAGAGUGCGCGAAAGCUUCCCUUUGGAGAUGGCCUCUAUCACUUCUACCCUCAGGACACCUCAAAGAGGAGAAGCAAACGCAGCACUCGCAUCAGACAGCGGCUCCAAAAAGACAGAAGGGUUAAGAAUGUCUUUGAACAAGAAGGUUUCAGUCGUCAGAAGCGAGGUUACAGAAAUAUCAAUGAUAUAGAAGUCAACAUGAGCGACCCACUAUUCAGCAAGCAGUGGUAUCUGAUAAACACAGGACAGGCCGAUGGGACCCCUGGGCUGGAUCUUAAUGUGGCCGAAGCUUGGCAACUCGGCUACACAGGCAAAGGAGUUACAAUUGCAAUCAUGGACGAUGGUAUCGACUAUCUGCAUCCAGACUUGGCGUCAAACUACAAUGCCGAUGCCAGCUAUGACUUCAGCAGCAAUGACCCGUUCCCGUUUCCACGCUACACAGAUGACUGGUUCAACAGUCACGGCACACGGUGUGCAGGGGAGGUUUCUGCUGCAGCCAACAACAACAUCUGCGGUGUGGGAGUCGCCUACAACUCCAAGGUGGCAGGUAUCAGGAUGCUGGACCAGCCCUUUAUGACUGAUAUCAUUGAAGCAUCAUCUAUCAGCCACAUGCCCCAGAUUAUUGACAUCUACAGCGCUAGCUGGGGACCAACUGAUGAUGGCAAAACAGUGGAUGGACCCCGGGAGCUGACUUUGCAGGCUAUGGCUGAUGGCGUCAACAAGGGACGCGGAGGAAAAGGCAGCAUCUACGUCUGGGCAUCAGGAGAUGGUGGUAGCUAUGACGACUGCAACUGUGACGGUUAUGCUUCAAGCAUGUGGACGAUCUCCAUCAAUUCUGCCAUCAAUGACGGGCGCACCGCCCUGUACGAUGAGAGCUGCUCCUCCACACUGGCAUCUACAUUCAGCAAUGGACGCAAAAGAAACCCAGAGGCUGGCGUUGCCACCACAGACUUGUACGGGAACUGCACACUGCGUCACUCUGGAACAUCGGCUGCAGCUCCAGAGGCAGCGGGCGUCUUUGCUUUGGCUCUUGAGGCUAAUCCUAACCUGACGUGGAGAGACAUGCAGCAUCUCUCAGUCCUGACAUCCAAGCGGAACCAGCUCCAUGACGAGGUCCACCAGUGGAGGAGGAAUGGCGUGGGCCUCGAGUUCAACCACUUGUUUGGCUAUGGAGUCCUGGAUGCUGGGGGCAUGGUGAAAAUGGCCAAGGAAUGGAAAACCGUGCCUGAGCGUUUCCACUGUGUAGCUGGAUCCAUUCAGGAACCCCAUAAAAUCCAGUCUGGCAACAAGCUGGUGUUGGCCAUCACCACGGACGCCUGUGAGGGGAAGGACAACUUUGUCCGCUACCUGGAGCACGUUCAGGCCGUGGUCACAGUCAAUGCCAGCCGCCGUGGAGACCUCAACAUUAACAUGACCUCACCCAUGGGCACAAAGUCCAUACUGUUGAGCCGAAGGCCCCGAGAUGAUGACGCCAAGGUGGGCUUCGACAAGUGGCCCUUCAUGACCACCCACACCUGGGGGGAGGACCCCCGUGGAACCUGGGUCCUCGAGGUGGGUUUUCAGGGUGACGAGCCACAGCGAGGCGUCCUGAAGGAGUGGACUGUCAUGCUGCACGGAACACAAAGUGCCCCUUAUAUAGACCAGAUCGUGCGUGAUUAUCAGUCCAAACUUGCCAUGUCCAAAAAGGAAGAGCUGGAGGAGGAGCUGGAUGAGGCUGUAGAGAGAAGUCUGAAGAGUUUGCUGAGUAAAACCAACUAAAAUCCCAUCUGCAUGUUUCCACUCGUCUUUUACCCUCUGCAGUCUCGCUCUGUCCUUCUCGAAAUCUCACAUCGCCUUAGUUCUUCUCCGUGUCUUGUCCCUUUUGUCUCCCUCUCUGCUUUUUGUAAUCAAUAGUUUCAAUUAGCCCCCCAUUCAAUGAAUGUUUCUUGUAACAAUCAUAAUAAAAGUGUAAACCCCAUGAAUCUGUUCUACAUAAACAGAGCAAACUGAAUCACCAGAAUUUUUACACUCUACAGAACUGUACAUAAACCAAAUAUAAGCCACCUGUUCAUGCCCUUGCUUUUAUUGCCCUGCACCUCUCUUCUGCCAAAUGUUGUACAGUUUGUGACUGUAAAGGAUUUUCUGUGUCAUUCUACUUAAAGUUUAAUAUAUCUUGCAAACAAAGUAGUGACACUUCUUUCUGUUUAUAUUUUUGUGACAUGCACUGUUUAUAUAAACAAAGAAAUGAAUGUGUAAUUUAUUUUGCAGUGUGUGGUCAUCAGUUCGUAUUUCAUAAUCUUUGGCGUAUACUAUAAUAAAUCUAUUCAGCUGUUUAUUAAA